GCCGGGGCUCGGGGUGCCCAUGAGGCCGGCGGGGCGCGGGUGGCCGGGCAGCGGUGGCGCUGGCAGGGCGGCAGCCCAGGGACACGCUCACUAUGGAGUUCACCACCAUCGACUACACCAUCUUCGUGCUGCUGCUGGUGCUGUCGAUGGCCAUCGGGCUGUUCUACGCGCUGAGCGGCAACCGGCAGCGCACGGUGCAGGAGUUCCUGCUGGCCAACCGUGACAUGAGCUGCCUGCCCGUCGCCCUGUCCCUGCUGGCCACCUUCCAGUCGGCCGUGGCCAUCCUGGGCGUGCCCGCCGAGAUCUACCGCUUCGGCACCGAGUACUGGUUCCUCGGCUGCUCCUACUUCCUGGGGCUGCUCAUCCCGGCGCACGUCUUCAUCCCCGUCUUCUACCGCCUGCGCAUCACCAGCACCUACGAGUAUCUGGAGCUGCGCUUCAACAAGACGGUGCGAGUGCUGGGCACUGUCACCUUCAUCUUCCAGAUGGUCAUCUACAUGGGCGUGGUGCUCUAUGCGCCCGCGCUGGCCCUCAAUGCAGUGACGGGCUUUGACCUCUGGAGCGCAGUGCUGACCAUAGGGCUGGUCUGCACCCUCUACACUACACUGGGCGGGCUGAAGGCUGUCAUCUGGACAGACGUGUUCCAGACACUGGUGAUGGUGGCAGGCCAGCUGGCUGUCAUCGUGGUGGGCGCACAGCGGGUGGGCGGCAUGGCCCGCGUCUGGCACGUGGCCGAGCAGGAGGGCAAGAUCUCCGGCAUCGACCUGGACCCCAACCCCCUGGAGCGCCACACCUUCUGGACCCUGGCCAUGGGCGGGGUGUUCAUGAUGCUGUCGCUGUACGGGGUGAACCAGGCGCAGGUGCAGCGCUACCUCAGUGCCCGCAGCGAGCGGGAGGCCAAGCUCUCCUGCUACGCCGUGUUCCCCUGCCAGCAGAUCGUGCUCUGCCUCAGCUGCCUCACAGGCCUCGUCAUGUUCGUCUACGACCGGGAGCACCCGCUGACCCCACGCCCUGGCUCCUCUGACCAGCUGGUGCUGAUCUUCGUGAUGGACGUGCUGCGGGACCUGCCAGGACUGCCCGGGCUCUUCGUUGCCUGCCUCUUCAGCGGCUGCCUCAGCACCAUCUCCUCCGCCUUCAACUCGCUGGCCACGGUGACCAUGGAGGACCUGGUGCGGCCGCACCUCCCCGGGCUGUCGGAGUCACGGGCCACGCUGCUCUCCAAGCUGCUGGCUUUCGGUUACGGGCUGCUGUGCCUGGGCAUGGCGUACGUGUCCUCCAUGCUGGGACCUGUGCUGCAGGCGGCCAUCAGCAUCUUCGGCAUGGUGGGGGGUCCCCUCCUGGGGCUCUUCUGCCUUGGCAUGUUCUUCCCCUGCGCCAACCCCACGGGAGCCGCCUUGGGGCUGGUGGCCGGGCUGGCCAUGGCCUUCUGGGUGGGCAUCGGCGGCCUCCUGAAGAACAUGGGGCAGGCUGGAGGGGCCUCCCCCAUGCCCAACAGCACAGCGCUGCCGACUGUGGGCAACCUCACCACCAUACUGGCUACCACCCUGCUGCCCCCCACGCCGACCCCGAGCCCUACGGGGCUGCAGCGAUUCUACAGCCUGUCCUACAUGUGGUACAGCGCCCACAACUCCACCACAGUCAUCGUGGUGGGGGUCCUUGUCAGCCUGCUCACUGGCCCGAUGCCGCCAGAGGCCCUGGACCCCCGCACCAUCUCCCCCGUGGUGCCCCAGCUGCUCUGCUGCCUGUCCCCCAAAAUCCGGCAGCGGCUCUGCUGUGGGGGUGGAGACCCUGCCCAGACCCCUGGCCAUGCAGAUGCCACAGAGAAGAGCAAUGGGAUUCCCAACGGCCUGGGGCCCCCUGGCCCCGGGCAGCGGGAGGAGGAGGAGGAGGAAGGACAGGGGUACAUCCGCAGUGCCACGGCCCCCUCCUACGCCGUGCAGGAAACCUCCUUCUGACCCCCCUGGCGUGGGGAUCCUGGACAACCCCCCCGGCCGCGGGGCUCAAAGCCCCAGUGGGGCACCCACAGACGGACAGGGAGUGCCAAAUAGUGGGGUGUGGGGUCCCCGGUGGGGGCCGGUGUGCUGCCCCCCAGGGGGGCUCUGGGACCAUGUCUGGGGGGUGUCAGAGCGGUGGCCCCCACCCAGGCUGGGAUGCUGCCCAGUGCCCCCGGCCUGGCCAUGUGCCUUACACACCGCUCUGCUCUGGGGGCUGCCUGGACCCCUCGGGGCGCAGAGCACAUCCCCCAAGGCCCUGUCAAUCAUCUCUGUGUUCAGUGUCCCCCCAAUAAACGGUUCUGGAGCACAGCUGUCA